UUGAACUCAGUCUGCGAAUCUUAAGUAUGGCCUUCACUUUAUUGUUCUUCACGUUUACUGCAAUAAUUAUUGGAACUGCAGCAAAACCUCCUCAAAAAAUUUUGAAUGGAAAUGAUGCAAAUCUCGGAGAAUUUCCUUGGAUGGUGUCAAUCCAGUAUGAGGGGCUCCACAUUUGUGGAGGUGCCAUCAUCAGCGAACGACAUAUUUUGACUGCAGCUCACUGCUUCGUUGGAAAAUAUCCAGCUCCUUAUAAUAAAGAUAUCACUGUUGUCACAGGAAGCGUUGAUAAAUAUUCAGGUGGUCAGACACAUGAGGUGGCCACGGUUAUACCUCAUGAGAACUUCCAGAGAGGACCAACGACUAGAUGGAGGAAUGACAUCGCACUGGUUACACUUACAGAUAGGAUAAGGUUCAGCAGAACUCAGCAGAAGAUUGACUUACCAAGUUCAGUGACUACUCGUACAUUCCAAGCCCAGCUUUCUGGAUUUGGAUUGCUUACAAGGGGAUUAUUAGGUGAAAGUACUGUUAUUCUAAAAAAAUCUGACGUAUCUGUUCUUACUAAUGAGGAGUGCAAUAAGAAGAACGGAAGAGUCUUCGACGAUCAAAUCUGUGGAUUUGAUGGGAUAGAUCGCGGCUUUUGCAAUGGCGACAGUGGUAGUCCUCUGGUCUAUAACUACCAAGUAAUCGGUAUUGUCUCCUUUUCGCCAUCAUGUGGAAUCGGAUAUCCAGACGUUUAUACCAGAGUUUACUCAUUCCUGGAAUGGAUCGAAAGCGCCAAAUCUGCUUGA